AUGAGCGCUCAGAAAUUCCUCACCGACGUCGAAAACGGCGUGGUGCCUGUCAAUAGCCAUGAUCAAGUGUUACGGAUAGCAUUUAUCCAUAUGGAUGAGGUGCUGUGGACUGGUAUGGGUGUAUUUGAUGUUAUCGAGAAACUGCACGCGCACGGAUGGUCAUUCGGCGAGGGCGAGUUGAAGUUCAAUCGCACCCUGGAUCUAUUCUACCUAGCCCAGAUCGCAGCAGGCAUCUAUCGCUCCUCCGACCAAAUCGAAGGCAUCUUCCCCUCCGUUGAUGAAUUUGAUACUUUCUACACUGAACACCACGCACUCCUACAUCCCUCCGCCUGGCGCGCCUAUUAUUCGGAGCCAUUCUUAAAACAGAACAUCACAGCCCGCUUCUACCGCCUUCCUGACCUCCAAGAUCUACCGGACUCAGAUAACCCGCUGGAUCUACCGAUUCGCAAGCAAUCUCACGUCGGCGGUGGCCCACAUGCCACGAAACUCCCCCGCUGGGCCUAUAAUGUCGCAUAUACAUACCUUAGACAACCCCUACUUCCCCUCGUGACUCUCACCGAUAUAGCCCUCAGCACGCUCGAGGCAACCAUUAACCGCCUGCGUAAGGGGCACCCGAGCGGGUUAUAUGAUGUGUAUGAGUGGGAAGGGAAGUACUCGGUGCAGCUGUGGGAGGCAAGCUGGGAACAGAAUGGGGUUGUUGAGCCGGAUGUGAAGGAUGGAAUGUGGAAGAGCGAGGUGACGUGGUGUGGGUGGCCAGAUGGCGGGGUUGGGGCGUUUGCGUGGUGGAGAGGAUGGGAUGGGGAGCUUGGCAGUGAUGAAGAGAUAGAGUUUUUGGCUGCUGUUGCAGUAGAGGAAACAGUAGGUGUGGAGCUAGAUAAGUUAGACCUUGCAGUGCGGUCACAUAUAUUACUUGGGGUGAUGCGGGCUGCAGUGAAAACAGGGCUAGAAAGGGAAGAUCUUCUUCAGGAGCUGGAGACGGGAAUGGUGCAGAGUGGUCGGAUUAAGGAGGAAAGGGCCGGAUUGUGGCUGAGGGAGGCCUUAGGGGUCAUGGAGCCAUAUGUGAGGAUAUGGGAGGGGGUAUGGCCUGAUGCAGAGGAGAGGGGAAAGAUGCUACGGCGGAUCUUGGUGGAGAAUAGGCAGCUUUUUGCAAGAUGGAAGGCUUCGCCGCAUUUGAAAGAGUUUAGUUUUGUGCUGGGUCCGCCGGUGGAGGGGUAG